GUCACGUGGCGGUGGCUUGCUUUAUAAAGCAGGCAGACUGGCAUCCAGCUUAACUUUUCGAUUUAACGUUAGAAUGGGUAAAAAGAGAGAUCUAAGGGACUUUGAGCGUGGUAUGAUCGUCGGUUCCAGGCGCGCAGGGUCCAGUAUAUCACAAACAGCCGCACUCUUGGGCUUUUCACGCACAGCAGUGUCUGUGGUUUACCGAGAAUGGCGCGACAAACAAAAAACAUCCAGUCAGCGACAGUCCAGUGGGCGUAAACAGCUCGUUGAUAAGAGGGGUCGAAUGAGAUUGGAAAGAAUCGUGCAAACUAACAGGCGGGCUACAAUUAGACAAAUAACGGCGCAGUACAACAGUGGUGUGCAAAACUGCAUCUCUGAAUGCACAACUCGCCGAUCGUUGUCACGGAUGGGCUAUAGCAGCAAACGCCGGGCAAAUGAGGAGUGGAAAAACACCGCCUGUGUAGAUAAGGUACGGGAACUUGUCCUGGACAACAGCAGAUCAAAUGAAGGGAAAAUCGAAGGUCUCACAGAAGAAUUUGUCAAUCUGGAAUUCCUCAGUUUGAUAAAUGUUGGCUUAUUCUCAGUUUCCAACCUUCCCAGACUUGGGAAACUCAAAAAGUUGGAACUCGGUGACAACAGAAUCUCUGGUGGCCUUGACGUGUUAGCAGAGAAACUCCCCAACCUCACACAUCUAAAUCUUAGCGGGAACAAACUGAAAGACAUCAGCACGUUGGAACCUUUGAAAAAGCUGGACAGCCUGAAGUCUCUAGACUUGUUCAACUGUGAGGUGACCAACCUGAACGACUACAGGGAGAGUGUGUUCAAGCUGCUCCCUCAGCUCACCUACCUGGAUGGGUACGACGUGAAGGACCGAGAGGCAUCUGACUUGGAUGGGGUGGACGACGACGAUGAGGGAGUGAAGGAUGAGGAUGGAGAGGAGGAAGACUUUGACGAGGAGGAUGAUGAAGUUAGCGGCGACGAAGAGGAAGAAGACCUUAGUAUUGAUGAUGAGGACGACAAUGAUGAUGAAGUUGAGGCUGUCCAAGGAGAGAAGAUGAAGCAAGAGCCUAACGACAAUGAUGAUUAUGAGCAAAAAAAGAAAGCCAAUCAACUUACCAACACCUUCCCUCUCCACCCUGAUACCCACCCACACCCUCCCUACUCCAUGUCUCUCCCCCAGCUUUGAGCCCCCGUGUGGGGAAAGACUGUACCGGACAGGUGGUUCAAGUGGAGCUGCCUCCGCCCCAUGGAACCGAGAGCCAUCCUCAAGGAGCGCACCACUCCGCAUUCCACUUUUUCACUGUCAACUCCCCCUUUAUGUAUACCUGUGUGAGGACUUUGGGACAGGUACUGUAUCUAGUUUUGGGUCUGUGCUUUUUAAUAUUUUGUUGGAUGAAUUAUGAAGAGAAAGUUGUUGUUGGGUUUAUUUCUUCCCUCUUCAUCUUUUCUGUUCCUUAUUUUGUCACCAAUAAAAUGUAUUGCUAUA